AUGGCCCCCGACAACAACAGUAUAACCCCAGCCCCUCGCUCUCGCUCUGCGACGGCGACCAUGCCUGCCAUGCCUGCUACACUGGCGCCGUCUUCCCCGCUGUCGCGCCUCAACGAGGUCCCGACGAGCCCACUCCAGCGGAGUCCCGGCAGUCCGCCGCUUGGAUCAGCAGAGAAUGGCAUCACUAGUACGGCGCAGGGGCCACUUCGACAUCCUAAACCGCUGACCCCCUCAGACCUUCAUUUGGUGCUAGAGAAGGAGCAAGAAGCAAUGGUCAACCGACUGACUCGAGAGCUGUCUCUUCUGCGACAACAAACAGCGUCGGUGGCAUCAACAACAUCCUCCGCUUCGACAUUGAACGAGCCAACUAGCGCAGAAGGAGUACAAAACUCGCCGCCCCUCGGCAGGUCCUCCUCACGUCCAAACAGCUCGCGCCGGCACCGAUCCUCAUCCAGCAUUGGCUCCAACGCCCAAGUCGCACAGAGUGCCAUGGCCGCCAAUGUCGCGGGCAUCGCUCCCUGGCGUGAGAAUAAUCCCCAUGCUUCUUCCCGAAACCACUCCGACCUACCGCGCCGAGCGCGUAGUCGCGAGCCAUCGCUCACGAUGUCUCGUCGCCCGUCUGUCAGCUCGCUCACUUCCUUCCCGCAAUACCAGCACAAUAACGAUCAUCACACUCCCUAUUACGGGAACAGUCCCUCGAUCUACCCCUAUCGUAACUCGAUCUCGCAGCCGCAGUCCGCUGCUCCAGCCUCGAACCCCAUGGCGCGCUAUGAGGAGGCCGCGUACCAUAAGUCAGAGCUAGAUGUGGUCAAGCGUGAAAAUGACCAGCUGCGGAAGCGGGUAAGGGAGCUGGAAACCACCUUGAAAAGAGUACAAGGAGCUUGA